AUGGAAGACUUAAUUAAGUGCACAAUUGAUAUAGAUUCUUACAACGCUGCGCUGUCUCAAAACCCGCUCGACACAUCGUAUGUAUAUGCGCCCCUCGAGGUCACUAUCAUGCUGUUCCAUAUGCUUUCCAAAUGCCUCAGAGUGCAAGUUUCCAAAAGCAUUCCAGACUUUGCCAAGGAAAAGAUUGAAAAAAUAGCGAGCUGCCUCACGUAUUUCAGCCUGCGCAGGGAAAACUUCGAAAAGAGCGAGUGCAUGUGGCCAAUACUGUUCGAUGGCUCGGACGUUCAGUCCAGCAAAAAGCUCAUAGAGGAAUUCUUGCAGGACGAGGAGGCCUGCAUAAUUGACAUGGAUAAUUAUGCGCAGAUCGAGUCCAACCAACUCCAGCGCGAAAAAAUCACAAAUCUGCUAGAGCUGCAGCAUUUCUGCCUGAUUAUGAAUGAAUUUAUAGAGGCAAUAGAAAAAAACGACGAAUGCGACCCUAAAGAGAGUGUGUUCAUGCCUAUUGUGCGAGCAUUCGUUAGAGGGAAUAGCAUGGCUUCAUACGAAACACUCAACGACCAGAAAACGCAAGAGUUCCGAAACCGCAUCAUUUCCAGAGAGAGGAGGUACAUGCUGGGAUAUUUAAAAGAAUCCACAAGCAAAAAGGAAAAGUCAACCCCGGAGCAAGCCCAAAAGGAGAAGUUUUCAAUUUCAGUGGAUGUGCUGCUCGAAAGCGUGAACAGGCUGCUGGACAUCGCUGCCAAAGACAUGCUAGAAAUGCCCAAAGAAAAGUGCGAGGCAUUUUUAGAAAGCAUGCUGCGCGUGCUAGAGUGUAGGAUGCAUGCUGACGCUGCUCAUUUCAUAGUGCCUGUGCCAGGCACCAAAAUUUUCCCAUCGCAGCUGAGCCUAUACUUCAUGUACAUUCGCUUUUUCAGACACAAACCCAUUGACAUAGCUAUACAGAAUAAUUAUCUUAGCAAUCCGGAAAGCUAUCAGAAUAUCGAAUGCAUGGCAAAGGCCCUUUUCGAGCACCUGCCUGAAAUAAGCAUGAAUCUUAGAGUUGCGUUGAAAAGCCAAGCCGACGCGCCAUAUAUCGCAUACUACCUGGUAAAUGUAGCGGGCUUGGCCUAUAUGGCCUCCAGUCUCGACAUACAUGAGUCGAUGGAACUUCUGCAAGUCGCCAGCCAUUACUGGACAAACGGAGAGAUUCGCGCGUAUUCAAAAGUGCCGUUUUUUAUGGAGGUGGUCACCCUAUUAAAAAACUGCUGCUUUGCAAACACCCUGCAGAAAAAGCUGAAGGUCCACAAAAAGCUCAAGAAACACUUCACCGUGGGAAAAAACCCUGCUCCGGCUCGAAAGACGCCCAAAACCGCCUGCUCUGUUCAAGAAAAACGCCUGAAUCAAAGAGCAAAUAUUAAAAAAGACAUAGAACGCAUCAAAGCUAAAAACAUGGAGGCUGAAGAAAUACACACUCUUCAAAAGAAUGUCCAAAGUAUUGUAGAUAUCUGUGUGUAUAUGUUCCAGGUCUUUCCAGGGCUCAAGCAGCCAGGAAAAAGCUCUCUAGACAUCCCAAGCAUGAAGGGCACUGAUGCCUACUGCAUGCACAUGAGCGUUGCACAAAAGCUUACAGAGCUGCACGAAUUGGGAGUUAUUUUUGUAGAGAACCCAAGUUUUGACGCAAGAAAGUGCAUGGAAAUCGGGGAGGGCCUUUCUUUUGCGACGAAUAUGCCCUUUGGGUUUCAGAUGCGCAUCUCCGUGAAGGACCAGAAUGUGCAGCUGAUUAGAGGCGGGGAGGUUCUUUGCUCGAUUGUUAUGCGCAUAGACACGCCGCAUUUUUUGCUGCAAAACCCCGCGCCAUGCACUUAG